AUGUCGGACGUGCAGGAUACGAUGUUGCUGGGCUCAGAGGGAAUCAAGAAAACCAUCCUGUAUGGAGGGACCGGAGACAUCCCAAAACUCACUACUGGGGCAAAGGUGACAUUCCACUUCCGCACCCAGCUGUGUGAUGAUGAUCGUACAGUGAUAGAUGACAGCAAAGUGGUGGGGACUCCCAUGGAGAUAGUGAUCGGCAACAUGUUUAAACUGGACAUCUGGGAGACCCUGUUGGCCUCCAUGAGGAUUGGUGAGGUCGCUGAAUUCUGGUGUGACACUAUUCACACUGGCGUUUAUCCACUUGUAUCCAAGAGUAUGAGGCGCAUAGCAGAGGGAAAAGACCCAGUUGACUGGCACAUCCAUACAUGUGGUAUGGCCAACAUGUUCGCCUACCACAGCCUUGGCUAUGACGACCUGGAUGAGCUGAUGAAGGAACCAAAACCCCUCUACUUUGUCCUGGAACUGAUCAGGGUCCACCACCCCAGUGAGUACAACAGGGAGACGUGGGCUAUGAGUGAUCAAGAGAGGCUGAAGGCCGUUCCUGUGCUGCACGGUCAAGGGAACAAGUUAUACAAACAAGGACAGUACCAAGAGGCCACACAGAAAUACAAGGAAGCCAUCAUCUGCAUCAAGAAUGUUCAAACAAAGGAGAAAGCAUGGGAGGUCCCGUGGCUGAAGCUGGAGAAAAUGGCCAACACCUUAACACUCAACUACUGCCAGUGUCUGCUGCGCAUGGAAGAAUACUACGAGGUCAUUGAGCACACCAGCGACAUUGUCAACCAGCACCCAGGUGUAGUGAAGGCCUUCUACCUACGAGGCAAGGCCCACAUGGAAGUGUGGAACGAGGCAGAAGCCCGGCAGGACUUCAGCAGGGUGCUGGACCUGGACCCCGGCAUGAAGAAGGCCGUCAAGAAGGACCUGGCGGUGCUCAACAUGCGCAUGGAAGAGAAAAACCAGGAGGACAAGAACAAGUACAAGGGCAUGUUCUGA